AUAAUUUUUUUCCAAAAGUUAAAUAUGUUCACUGUGAUAUAUUGUAGAGAGAGAGAGAGAAAAACAACUUUUAUUUUCUAAUUUAAUCCAGAAUAUUCUUCAUAACAAGAUUUGCACCUUGUUUUCUUUAGAAUGCUUUGCUAUGACUGAGAGCAUUUUUAAGAAAGUGGUAUAAAAAUAGUAACUUAAUAUUGAAGGAGAGUAAAGUGUUUGUGGAAUCGUUGGCUUCUCAGACUCGUAGAACUGCAAUCAUGUUUGCUAAGUUGAAGAAAAAACUGGAAGAAGAGAAUCCUGGUGAAUUACCAAAAGUGUUGACAGCUACAGGAUCUGCCAGUAAUAUUGCAGCUCUUAGCAGUUCCCUAUCUGGAUCAGCAAAUAAUAUGUCAGUAGUUGGAAAAAGCUCAAUCUCAUCGUCCAAUACUACACCUUCCUGCAGUCAGAAGGAGUCAGGAAGAUGGCAUGUUGACUCCAGAGAAGAAUUUGGGAGCUAUCAGGAAAAAACUGAACCAGUUAAAUUAUUAGAAAGUAAAGUUAAAGAACUGCAAGAACAACUGGAAGAGAAAAAAGAAGAACUUAAAGCUAACCAAGCAGUGGCUAUGGAAAAGUUGAAACAGGCUCUCUCCCAGAAAGAUGCUGAUUGGAUUAUUAAAGUACAAGCAUUGGAAAAGGAGAGGUUACGGCUGGAAGAUAAGUUACAAGAAAGUCAAGUAAAAUUGCAGAAAUUUAUAGAAAAACAAGAAGACAAGGAUGAAUUGCAGAACUUUCAAAACCAAGAAAUGUCCAAAAUUAAACAUCUGUUGCUGAUUAGCCAGCAACAAGUGAGAAGUCUAGAGGAUAAACUGAAGGAGCAGAAUGAAGAAGUGAGCCAAGCACACAAAAAGGUUAAAGACAUGGAAGAUAUAGCAAAUCAGCUUCAAGUACAAGUAGAACGAGGUGAUAAAGAACUAAGUAAAGUUCGGAAAAUGGAACAUGAUAAGGCAGAGCUAGAGCUUGAAGUUGAUCGCCUCAAGCAAGAAGCACUGCAGAGUGCAAACAGAAUGGGCCACUUGGAGCUGACUUUAAGUGACUUGACUGAUGAGCACGAUGCCCUUAUACAUACACAUCAGCUCUACAAAAGCAAGACAAGUAGUAUUCUGGAAGAAAAAGACAGUUAUAUUGUUCAUCUAGAAGAGAGAGUGACUAUUUUGGAGAAAAGGCUUGAAGAUUCAUCACUUCCUAAUGAUGAGAAAGUACAAUCUCUUCUAUCAGAGCGGGAGCGUUUGGAAAAGAAAUUAGAAGAAUCUCGGCAACACUUGAGUGAAGUGAAGUCCACUUGGAGUGAGAAGAUAAAUAGUUUAGAAACACAGAUAUUCCAUCUCAAUAAGAAAAUGGGAGAAGACAGUGAAGAAUGUACAAAGCUAGAAAAACAAGUCUGUGAAUUUCAACAGAAACUAAAAGAAAAAGAAGAAGAAGUGUGGAGCCUUGAUGAAAAAGUACAAGAAAAAGAUCAAACACUGGCAAGACUGAGAAUCCAGAAUGAAGAAGAAGUCAAGAAGAUAAUAUUAGAGUCCCAGAUAAAACAACAGGAAUUAAACAGUCUGAUCUCACAGUUAGAAUCUGACCUUUCAAAGACAAUGGAAGAAAGAGAGAAAGAAAAUGAUGAAGCACAUAGGAGAAUAAAUGAACUAGUGGCAGCUCAGACAGAAUAUGUAGAAAAAGAAAUAGAAGUGGAGAGACAAAUGACUUUUUUAGAGGAUGAAAACACAAAGUUGAAGGGAGAAUUAGGGAAGAAGGAAAAAGAGUGUAUAACCCUAUGUCAAAAUGUACAAUCACACAGAGAAGAGUAUAAUACAAUGACAGCCACAGUUCAGGAGUUAGAAGAAAAAAUAACAUCUCAUUUAUCUUCCCUCGAAGACCUCCAGCAGGUUCUUAAAGAGCGAGAAGUUGAAUUACGCAGUACAACACAAGAGAAAGAUAAUUUGAUGAUGAGGAGCACAGAAUAUUCAAAUCAGCUAGAACUUCUACGACAAGAACUCGGAGAAGAAAAAAUGCUCAGAGAAAAAGCGAAAGAAGAAGGAGAUAAAACAAUAGGAGAACUUCGGGUUGAACUACAGGCAACAAAAGAAAAGAUCACUGAGUUAGAAAAGCAAGUCACAGAGAAUGUGGAGAAUUCAACCAGAGUUUCAGAACUAAAAUCAGUUGUAGAAGACCUGGAAGUGCAACUAAUUGAGAAAAACAAGACCAUUAAGUUACAGCAGCAGAGGCUCACGGACAUGAAGAAAACUCUGCAGAAAGAGCUUCGGGUUCAAAGAAACAUUGAUGGUUUCCAGACAUCUGACACCAUGGAAAUUGGCUCAUCCUCAUCCUCCCACAUAAAUGUACGUGGAUUUCAAGAUUGUGGCCACCAACAAAAUCAUUUGGAUCUGAAUAAUGAUGAUGAUGUCAACUUCAAGUAUCUAAAGCAUGUUGUCUUUAAAUUCAUGACCUGCAGGGAGUAUGAGGCUCAGCAUCUCAUUAGGGCUGUAUCAGUGCUACUGCAUUUUAAUCCAGAAGAAGAAAGACUUAUUAAAGAAACUCUCAAUUGGAAGAUGUCAUGGUUUGGGACCAAACCUGAACUACCAAAAGGUCGCCUCAAGACUAGGUUGUCUAUACCUUCUUAGUCCUACAUUUAACUAGUUUGGUGCUUGUGUUUUAACUGUUGAUUAACCCCAUCUUUUGUUGCUAUUUUGUAGCAUAACAUUUGCUUCAAAACAUAAAUAUGCACUUUGUCAUUUCCACAGGUAUAGCAAUGGAAUUUCAGAGGUCCAAACAUGUACAAAUUAGAUUUGGUAGAUAUUUUCAUUAGAAAAAAAUUAAUUCACAUCCCUAAAAGUGUUACUAUUUGCAUUCUAAUAACUGUUUUAUAUUUUAGCAAAUCAUCUAAAGAAAUAGAAGACUGUUUUACUGUGGAAUUGAAACAUUGAAAAGUGUACAGAUUAUACAAAGGGUAUCAUACAUUAGGGUUAGGUUGAAAGUUAUAAAGAUUUUUAUAUAAUGAUUCAGAAUAGAUACAUUAUAUAAUGUUUUUUGUAUGUUAUGGUAUGUUUUUAGAUUAAUGUUAAAUGUUUGAUAUAUUUUGAGUGCCUUCAGCCAUUCAGUUUAGUAUUAGUGGCCAUUUAUUUCAGCUAUUACUUUAUUUUUAAGCAGUUCCAGUCAUGUAAUUUCACCAUUAUGUUUAUUUUUUCUGGGGGUUUAUUUUCAGGAUGAAAAAUACAAGAAUAGAAUAAAUUUAUGAAAAUGUGUUAGUUUUAAGGUGAGUUAAAAGUGUAACAAGAAAAAAGGAUGCUAAGAUAAAUUAUUAAACUACACAGUUUUCUUAUUAAGCUUCAAACUGUGAAAAUUUUGUAGGUGAUGGUUGAGCAACAAUUUAUGUUGUUCAAUUUUUAAAUGUGCAUAUUUCUAGUCUACUUUUAAGUGCACUUACUUAACAUGAUUGUGUAGUCAGUAGUCAUAUCAAAGUUAAAUAAUAUCCCUUCUCUUUUUUUACAGUAUGCGUGUUACUUGAUUUAAUGUAAAGGUAGCUAGUAUUGUUUUGUUAAGGCAGAAAAGCAACAAAUAUACUUAAGAAUGAUUAGAUUAGAUAAGUUUGUUUUUUGUGCUUUUUCUUUCCUGGUUGAUAAUAUUUAUUAAUGCUCUUAAAAGUUACUGAUAAUAAUCAUUAAAUGUAGCAUUAUUUUACAACAUGGGUAAUUGGGUAACCAUCACUUUUAUAAUAGAUACUCUUUGACAGAAGUUUCAUAUUACUCAGAAUCUUUCUUUUACAAACUUACUCAACUAUCUGACUGUGUUGACUGAAAUACUUUAACUUUACUAUUUGACUGAUCCUACUGUCUUAAACAUUAAUCUGACUAUGGAAAUGUGUUUCAUGAAAUGUUGUUUUACUUUACUGCUUGACUGUGCAACUUCAAGUACUACUUGACUUUUUGUACUGAUUUAAGUAUUCUGACCUCACUACUUGCUCUGUAUAUUGAAGCACCUUUGGCUGUACUUAUUGGAUUGCACUAAUCUGAUUACUUAACUGUUUUAUUGAAAUCUUACCUUACUACUUCAGUAUGUUUACUGGUUUAAACAUACAUUUAUUAAAAAACACUUAAUAACUAUAAUACAUUCCUAACAUAUUCAUGAAACUUUCCAACUUAAGUAUUUUCUUUUUUUGUAUACUUUAAACUUUGUUAUUGUUGUAUCUUCUCUUGGUCUUGAAAUUAUUCUGAUGUAAAUCCUAAUCUCAUUAAGCACAUGUGCUUGCAUCUACGUAAGUUGAUAUUACUGUUGUUAUUAUUCAGAGCUGUACCUUGUAACUUCACUGUUUUCUUCUGUUUGUUUUCGCAAGUGAAUGAAGUACAGUAGUGAAAAUUAUGAUACAUUAGCAUGAUAAAGUGCAUACAAAAAGUAUUAAGAUAAUACAAGAAGACUUCUUUAAACAUAUUGAACUAAGCAUAUUCAAACUACUUUAUUUACUACAUGAACUCACUCCAUUCUUGACCUCAGAAUAAGUUUUGGUUGCAGAUCAUUUUUUAAUCAGUUACCUAUAUUUCUUAGUGAUUCUAAGAGUAGUUAUACUAUUAUAAAUGAAAUAUUAAUCCUCAGAGUGAUUAUGUAAUUACAUAUUAGAUAGUGAUUCUAAAAAUCAGUUGAACAGCUAUAUAUAUUAAGUGAUUCUAAAAAUAGAUAAGCAGUUACAUCUUAGUAAAUUAUUUAUUUAGAUACAUCAUAAAUCCAGUGUUUCUAAGAGUAGUCAUGCAGUGACAUCAAUAGUCACUAUUUCUAAAAGUUGCUAUACAGUUACAUUUUGAGGUGUAAUUUUGUGAGACUGAACAGACCUGGACAGUUUAAUUUGGAAAAGUGCCCUAGAACAUAUUUUUCUAUUUAGGUAAGCAUUUCCAAACUGUUCCAAUGCGCUGGUAUCCUACAGGUACCUUAGAUUCUCUGCAUUUUAAUAUUUGAAGUAAGUGAAAGCCUCUACUGCAUUACUGGCAAAUUCAAUAAAUACAAUCUUGAAUGAAAUAUGUAAUCAAAAGGAGGGUAAAUAUGAUAAAGAUUACAAUAAUUAUUUGUUUUGAUUAGCAAGCACAUUUUUACAUUGAUUUGAAAAACACAAGUAUUGUCUGAGUCUGUUUCAAAACUUUAUCAUAAAAACACAAUCAGCAGCCAUGAUGCUAGAACAAAAAUCAAGUAACCUGACUACAUAAAAAGGCUAAAACCUGUUCCACAUUUAACAAUGGAAUGCAUGAAGUUCUUCCUUUAGUUAUCUUACUGAAUAAUCAAAAAAGUGUUUAAUCAGUUACAUUCUGGUUACAUUGUGAUUCUAAAAGUAGCUAUACAGUUACACUUAAGUUAGUAAAUCCAAAAGCUGUUGUUACAUCAGUAACCAUUGAUUCUAAAAGUAGGUAUUCAGUUACUCUGAGUCAGUGGUUUGGAAAGUUCUCCAGUUACACUAGUAGUUAGUGAUUGUAAGAGCAGUUAACCAGUUGUAAUAAUGAAGUACACAAUUCAGGUUUAGUAACAGGUGUGAAAAAAAUAUCUGUUACAUUUGGGUGAUUAGAUUUUUGCUGGAAUGAACCCUUCUCUCUCAAGUACCAACUGCAAGUUUUUGAAAAAGGUGUUAACAUUGUGCCUAUUGAAGCAAGUGGAACGACUCGGAGAUAUUGCUUCUGGAGUUCUCAUUGUAAUUGUAGUGUUCCUCCUCAGGAACACAUACAGUCAGUCUUUACCUGCCUUCUGAUUCUCAGUUCAUGUUGUUGACAUUUUUCCCAAGUUUAUUGGGAUACACAUAGGCAUAUGACUUGAGUUGUGCAUAGGCCAUAGUAUAAUGCAACAGCCUUUUUGAGGUAAUCAAUAAGCAAGGCUUCCUUUAACACAGCACGAUUGUUAAAAUAUCCGACACGUGGCAUGGUUAUGUUAUCCUUGGGGACGUUUUCCUGGUUAUUGGGACCAUCUACGUUAUUCACGAAAAUGUUAGGCCUAUCCUGGUUGUUGGGACAAUUCUGGUUGCCGUGCGCCUUAAAGACGUUUCUUCGAAAGGUGAGGUAUAUCAAACUCGCUUGCUACUGCACUACAUUUUCUAUGAUUCACCAGGACUUCCCUUACUGUGAUUUUUGUGAUACCCGAUGGGGUCUGUGCAUGGUUCGUCUUUCACUUAUUAUUUUGUAUCUCAAUUGCUAAAAAAAAAUAGAAAUGGUAGUUUUAAUAAUAGGCCUAAUAAUAAUAAUAAUAUAUACACAUUUAUAUAGCACGAAAUGCAAAAAAAAGAGCUUCUAAGGGAUGCCAUCCAAAAUAUCACUUCUAGUUCAGACUGGUUCCAAAGAGAUGCAGUCAGACCUAUAAAAAAAGAUCCCUAAUUAAGCUUCAAUUGGUAAGAUACAAUAAUACACGACAAUGGGUAAAUUAUCUAUUGAACUUGUAUGUGUUUAAGUACACUAUGAAUAAAGAGUAUUUUUAUGGUUAUUUUAAUUACAGUGUUCGAACUGUAUUGGGACUGGUCAGAACAGGUGUUAUUUUUAAUGUGUCUCUUGGUGUUUUGGACAUGAAGGAAUAUUUUGGAUGGCAUCUCUGAAUACUUAACAGUAGCCAAUAGGAACAAAAAUACAUUAACCAAAUUAUGACUGAAAAUAUUCAUUAGCCAUUUACCCCAGAUAAACUAUCACAUGACCAUUCAAUGUUUACAAAACAACAAAACUAAACUGUUUUGGCCUUGAGCAAAUGUGACAGUUGUACAUAUACUACACAAAAUAGUGUCUAUCAUAACAGCUCCAGUUGGCCUUAUUUUGUGGCUUAGUGCUAGAGUGUAAAAUACCCAGAAACUAGUGACCUUAAUCUGUUAACAUAAUUAAGAUAAUACAACAUUUCCUUAUGAAACAAAAUUUACUGAUUGUGUCAGAAAAUGUACAAACCUUUCUCCUUUGAACAGUUUUGUGUCCACAUGCAAGAAAACAAUAUGGUGGAAUGAAGCUGUUAUUGUAUACCUGUAGGUGGUAACAUUUAGAAUUAACUCUUGCUGUGUCAGCACAUUUAAAUGUUUCAACUUGCUCUGCGUUCCAACUAACCCACUUUCCCUUAUGUUUGAAAUAUACAUUAUAUAUAUUGGUAUGCAUUUUAUAGCUCUGAAAGUAAAAAAUCCCUUCCAUGGAAAGUGCAUAAUUUGAUAUAUCUGUGCUUUGUAUUUCACUCUUGCAAACAUUUCUUUCACAUUAGACUGUAUAAGCCAGAGUUCAUUAUCAGAGGCUUAACUUGUAUUGAGUGGGUGUAGUGAAGUGAGUAACACAAAACUGACUUUAUUUCUGAAACAUCACUUCUAUCAAAUGAAACGUAAAUCUUUUCUUGGUAUACAUAUCAUUGAGGAAGAAAACUAGUUUUUCAUAUUACAAUGUUGGCAAUGAUUUGUGACUUGGUUAAAGUCUGAAAAUGUUUUAAGCCCUUUCCACAUUUGCAUAUGAUAAAGUAAAUUUAUAGAAUACAGUCUCCUACAUUGACUUAUUUUGCAGGAAUACACAUCUUUCUCUAUUAAACACCAAGUUAUUCAAGAUUUAGCUGAUAGUAAUUCUUAAUAUAGAUAAGUAUAAAA